GCCAACUCGACACCUGCGAAGAAAGAUUCCAAUGCGCCGCAAUUGACGCCGCUAGAAAAGCAUCUUGUCGAUGUGACCGGACCGACCAAGCCAGAUGGUAGUGAUAAGUACUUUGGCUUUGAAAAUUACGGCUCUACAUGCUAUUGCAAUUCCAUAAUACAGUGUCUCUACUACUCAGCACCUUUUCGCGAACAUGUCAUUAAUUUCCCCUCCCCUGCAUUUGUUGCACAGAUACGCGCGAGUGAACCCAAUGGCGCACCGCUAUCACCGCGAUCGACUUCCACAACACCUUACCCCAAUCCGAACUCGCCCGCGCGCAAACAAAACGCACCGACAUCACCGGGGCCUGGAGGCGCGCAGAAGCCUGAGGAGAGCAAAGACUCGCCUGAGUUCAGAAAGAAGAUGGCAUUGGCGGCAGGCCCUGUGCUUGACAUGACCUCUGACAAUUCGAACAAAUAUGGCAUGGACGAAUCGCUAUUCACUUCAUUGCGAGACAUCUUUGACUCCAUUGUCGGACAUCAAUCACGAAUCGGUGUUGUCAGCCCGCACAGGUUUCUGGAGAUUCUUAGAAGGGAGAAUGAGAUGUUCCGAUCGGCCAUGCAUCAGGACGCUCAUGAGUUCCUGAACCUGCUACUGAAUCAGGUGGUCGACAAUGUUGAGAUGUUCGCCAAGCAACAUCCAGAAAUUGUUGAGGCGGCAAGUGCGAAUGGACAUGCGCCCGAGGAAGGAGCAUUGGUCAAAGCACAAUCGAAAGCGACACUCGACACACAUUGGGUUCACGAUCUCUUCGAAGGACUUCUCACAUCAGAAACGCGAUGCUUGACGUGCGAGAACACCUCGCAAAGAGACGAGGCUUUCCUGGACCUCUCUGUCGAUCUCGAUGCACACACAUCGGUCACAUCGUGCUUACGGAAAUUCUCGGAAGAAGAAAUGCUUUGCGAGAGGAAUAAAUUCCAUUGUGAUAACUGUGGGGGGCUGCAAGAAGCUGAAAAGAGGAUGAAGAUCAAACGAUUACCACGAAUCCUGGCUUUGCAUUUGAAACGAUUCAAGUACACCGAGGAUCUCCAAAGGUUACAAAAGCUCUUUCACAGGGUUGUGUAUCCCUUCUACCUGCGACUCUUCAAUACAACCGAUGACGCCGAGGAUCCAGAUCGACUGUACGAGCUCUAUUCGGUGGUUGUACAUAUUGGCGGUGGGCCGUAUCAUGGACACUACGUCAGCAUUAUAAAGACUCAAGACAAGGGCUGGUUGCUAUUCGACGAUGAGCUUGUUGAACCUGUCAGUAAGAACUAUGUUCAGCAGUUCUUCGGUGGCGACCCUGUACCUGGUGUCCAGGACGCGAAGCAGUUGGCCACGGCAUACGUGCUAUUCUAUCAAGAAACCACGAUGGAAGCCAUGUUGAAUGAACAAGAAGCAGAGGCCGGACAGAAGGUGCAGGCUGCGACGAGAGUUUCGGAGGGCGAUGACAGCCGAACAAGCCUGAACUCUCCGGUAAAGGUGAAUGGAAACGGGCUACAUAACACCAUCACAAAUCUCCAGACACCGAUCGUGGAAGAAGUUGAUGAGCUCAUGGGUCCGUUGAAACACGCCAACACAGCGCCCAUCAUUGGCUCCAUACAUCAACGCACGCAUUUCGAACCUCCAGUGCCUCCAACGCCGAAGCUCCCGAGCAAGAGCAAAAAGGAGCUCAAAGCAGAAGAGAAAGCGGCAGAAAAGGCGCGCAAAGCAGCCGAAAAAGCAGAACAAAAAGCCAGGGAAGAGAGAUACCACGAAGCAAGUCGAAAACGCAUGGAAGUGUACAGGAACGCAGAAGAAGAAAUGCGAAAAGUCAUGGAAGAGUCAAAGCGCACUGCAGAAGCCGAAGCCGAAGCUCGAGGCGAACCCAAGAAAUCCGACAAGGGAGGCCUCUCACGAUUCAGACAUGGCAGCAUGAGCCUGAGCAUGAAGGCGAAGCCCAAGAUUUUCGGUGGUUCGGGAUCUUCGUCUUCGAAGCAGAAAGAUUCUGUGGAAGGGGCGCGACAACCUAUCCUUUCUUCCCCUCCUCUUCCUCCACCUCCUCCUCCUGUUCCGGAGUCGAAUGGGAUUAAGGAGGAAGAUGAAAAGGAAGAGAAUGAUGCUGAGGCCGUUAUGGAUUCUUCCGAACCCAGUGUGGGCGAUCCAAAAGAAAGGGAGAAGGAGGCGAGAACAACGGUUCUUUCUCGUAGAGGCACGGGGUACGAUACUCCCCCUGAUGCUCCUACUGCUUUACCGCCUAUUCCGCAUCUGCCGGGGGAGAAGGUUAAGAAGCAUAGGUUUUCUCUUGGAAGGAAGAAGAGUACGUUGAUAUGA